AUGAUGAAGAAGGUCGCGUUGUCGAUGCUCCUGCUCCUCCUGCCCGUGUACUCCCUGAGCAUAGAAAACGAAAAACAGGAGCCAGAAGAAAUAAAUAACAUCACAGGAAAAUUACAAGUACAAAAUAGUGAGCAUGAAAAAUUUCUUAACAUAAUUAACGAAAUUUUCACCAAGAAGGAUGAAAGUUGCAAAUUUUCAUUUUCCAACAAUGGAUUCAGAUGCGCAUUUAGUAAAUUUGAUGUCAAUUUCAAUAAUGGAUCUAAGGCAAUGAAUGCAUUAUUUACUAGCGAAAAUGAACAAAUAAUAAAAGAUGCUGCUGAAGAAUAUAAAGUGAAACUGAUGUUAGAGUUACACAAUUUGAGACCACCAAAGACGAACUUGAAAAAUUUUAAAAAAGAUUUUCAAGGAAUAUGUAUGAAAUUUUUUUCAGAAUUGAGAAGGAAAAUUUUCCACCUGUACAGAAAUGAUGAAUCCGGUCAGGAUGGUGAAGACCAGGGUCGUGGGGAAAUUACCAAUGUGGAUCAACUGACUGAGAGACUUGAAUCUACUUAUGAUUCUGAUUCUACGGAGGAUGGCUCCACUGCAGGAAAGGAUGGAAACCAAGACUUGUCUGAGUUGAUAGAGGAGGAUCAUGAACACAACCCAGAUGCUCCAAAGAUGCAACAAAGCAGCUACUCAUUCUCAUCACAUACAUCUAAAAAAAUUAUGUUUGAUGGAAAUAACGUGAUUGAAGAAAAUGAAAAUUUUAUUAAUGAUGGAAGUAAUUGCACCGAGGAGGAUCAGAAAGCUGAGAAACCAUUUAGCGUUUUCUUUAACAGCCAACUGAGUAGAAACCACUUUAGCACUGUGUGCAACUCGAACGGAAAGAAUUUCCUUAGAAAAGCUGAGGGUGGAAGUCCUUUCCCCAUGGAACCACUUAAUCCGGAUGAUCUAAAUAGAAUGAUGGCAGAUAUGCUAAAAUUUUUUGAGAGCCAGGGUGAUGGAAAUGGAAUGAUGCUCCCCUUUUUGAGCAACAUGAAUUUUAUGGAUGCUCUCAAUAGUUUGGGAUUCCCAGCUGGUCUCGACUUUGAAGGAAUGUUCAACGAUAUCCUCAAGGGAAACAAACCCACCCCAUGCUGCAGAGGCGCGCGACCAACUCUUGACGGACCACCCAAUAAGGAAGACCCCCCAACCACGGACGACUCGGAUGAGCAGCAGUGA